AUGGCGCAGUGGGUGAAGGACUUCGACGAGGCCGACAAAGUCUCGGCGGCGUGCACAACGACGAGAUCGAACGCGGCAGAUAGCCGGAAAGGAUCGACGGCCACCGUGGUGUCCAACGACGAGGAGAAUGGUAACGGCCGGAAGAGGAAGAAGAAACGUCGGAAAACACGUAACAAACAGCAGCUGCAGCUGCAUCAUCUGCCGCCGCCGGACACGCCGGGCGACAAUCAUCAGACAGUGGUGAAUCUCGCGUCGUCCUCGGAGGAGGUCGAGGCGGUCGGGGAAUGCUCGAAACGCGACUCGUCGAGCAGCUUGGGCGGCGGCAGCCGGCACACCACCUUCCGGGAAUCGUUGCUCACGGUGCUUGGCAAACUGGUGAUCUGGAAGGGCACCAGGUACAGAUCAGCGACCGCCGCGUCCUCCUCGUCAUCCGGCCCGCCGAAUUCACCACCCGCCACCGAGUGCAUCGGCCGUAGCACAUCCUUUUUUUCCAGCGAAACGGAGAGGAGAAUUCGCGCCAAUAAUCGCGAGUUCAACUCACAGUUUAAUUAUGCGAACAACUACAUCAAGACGUCCAAGUAUUCGGUUCUGUCGUUCCUACCAUUAAAUUUAUUCGAGCAAUUUCAACGGCUCGCGAACUUUUACUUCCUAUGCCUGCUGGUGCUUCAGGUGAUACCCGCUAUCUCCUCUUUGACCCCCAUCACUACAGCCAUACCCCUUAUAGGGGUGCUCAUGCUCACUGCCAUCAAAGAUGCUUACGACGAUUUUCAACGGCAUAGCAGCGACUCACAAGUGAACAAUCGAAAAUCUCACACUCUUCGAGGCACUACCCUCCGCGAAGAGAAAUGGUCGCAAGUCCAAGUAGGCGAUGUAAUCAGAAUGGAGAACGAUCAGUUCGUUGCCGCCGACGUCCUUCUUUUAUCUACUAGUGAGCCGAACGGUCUCUGUUACAUUGAAACUGCGGAAUUAGAUGGGGAAACGAAUUUGAAGUGUCGGCAGUGUUUACCCGAAACUGCCGAGAUGAUGGACAACCAUGAACUGAUUGGUCAAUUCGAUGGCGAGAUUGUCUGCGAAACUCCCAAUAAUUUGCUAAAUAAAUUCGAUGGUACACUUACGUGGAAAGGACGAAAAUACGCAUUGGACAACGACAAAAUUAUAUUACGUGGUUGCGUGCUCAGGAACACGCAAUGGUGCUAUGGUGUGGUCAUCUUUGCAGGCAAGGAUACCAAAUUGAUGCAAAACUCAGGGAAGACCAAAUUUAAGAGGACGUCUAUAGAUAGGCUGCUGAAUCUACUGAUCAUCGGAAUAGUGUUCUUUUUACUUUCCAUGUGUUUGUUCUGUAUGAUCGGCUGUGGUAUAUGGGAAAGCCUUGUUGGCCGUUAUUUCCAAGUGUAUCUACCCUGGGACUCGUUGGUGCCUACCGAGCCCAUGAGCGGUGCCACAGUGAUCGCUCUGCUUGUGUUCUUUUCUUAUGCGAUCGUAUUGAACACCGUGGUGCCAAUCAGUUUGUACGUGAGUGUCGAAGUAAUCCGGUUCGUUCAGUCGUUUCUGAUCAACUGGGACGAGGAGAUGUACUACGCGCCCACGAACACUCACGCUAAGGCAAGGACUACCACGUUAAACGAGGAGUUGGGACAAAUAGAGUAUAUAUUUUCCGAUAAGACCGGGACGCUCACCCAGAAUAUUAUGACAUUUAACAAGUGUUCUGUGGCGGGGAAAUGUUAUGGGGACGUUAUUGACGAAGUGACCGGGGAAGUCGUCGAUUUAAGCGAGACGGACAAAGCUGCCCAAACACCUACGAUGAGAUGGAAAAACGGCCAAGAAUUUGUUCAAGUAUAUACACCAAUAAGUGGUCCAAACGUACGUCUGCUGGAACAUGUGGACAGGAUAUCCAAUAUAAUUCCAGAACCAACCAUCUAUGGCAGUCCGAUGAUUCCACAUAAACUUUCAACAUUGCCACCGUUGGAUUUCUCGUUCAACAAAGAUUACGAGCCAGAGUUCAAAUUCUACGAUACUGCGCUGCUGGAAGCUGUGAAGCGGAACAACGAAGAUGUCCAUAGUUUCUUUCGAUUGUUGGCGCUCUGUCAUACCGUCAUGCCCGAGGAGAAAAAUGGCAAGCUCGAAUAUCAGGCACAGUCACCGGACGAGGCUGCCCUUGUCUCCGCCGCGAGAAACUUUGGUUUCGUAUUCAAGGAAAGAUCCCCAAACAGUAUAACGAUUGAGGUUAUGGGGAAACGCGAAGUGUACGAACUACUUUGCAUUCUGGACUUCAACAACGUACGGAAAAGAAUGUCUGUGAUCCUGCGGAAGGAGGGUCAUCUUAGGCUUUAUUGCAAAGGGGCGGAUAAUGUUAUUUACGAACGGUUAAAAAAAGGCAGCGAGGAAAUGAUGGCGACAACCUUAGACCAUCUUAACAAAUUCGCGGGCGAGGGCUUAAGAACAUUGUGCCUUUCGGUCAGAGAUCUAGAUGAACAGUUUUUCAAUGAUUGGAAACAACGCCACCAAGAAGCCGCAAUGAGCCACGAAAAUAAGGAUGACAAAUUGGACGCGAUCUACGAAGAAAUCGAAAAAGAUAUGACGUUACUGGGCGCAACCGCGAUUGAGGAUAAGUUGCAGGAUGGUGUACCUCAAACGAUUGCUAAUUUAGCUCUUGCUGGAAUCAAAAUCUGGGUAUUAACUGGUGACAAACAAGAGACGGCUAUCAAUAUUGGCUAUUCCUGCCAGUUGUUGACAGAUGACCUUACAGACGUAUUUAUAGUAGAUGCUACCACUUACGACGGUGUUGAGAAUCAGUUAUCGCGAUACUUGGAAACAAUCAAAACAACCUCCAGUCAGCAAAAUCGGCCAACUCUCUCCGUUGUCACAUUCAGCAGCGACACUGAAUACAAUCCUAGUAGAGACGAGCAAGAUGAACAUGAAAUGGAACAAGCAACAGGAUUCGCUGUGGUUAUCAAUGGGCAUUCCUUAGUUCAUGCGUUGCAUCCGCAAUUAGAGCAACUUUUUCUUGAAGUAUCAAGCCAAUGUAAAGCUGUGAUAUGUUGUCGCGUGACACCCUUACAAAAAGCGAUGGUUGUCGAAUUAAUCAAGAAAAACAAAAAUGCAGUAACUUUGGCGAUUGGUGAUGGAGCCAAUGAUGUCUCGAUGAUAAAAACGGCUCAUAUCGGUGUUGGUAUCAGUGGUCAAGAAGGAUUGCAAGCUGUAUUGGCAUCUGAUUACUCGAUAGGACAAUUCAGAUUUUUAGAAAGGUUGCUCCUCGUCCACGGAAGAUGGUCAUAUUAUAGGAUGAGCAAAUUUCUUAGAUAUUUUUUUUACAAGAACUUUGCGUUCACACUAUGCCACAUCUGGUUUGCUUUUUUCUGCGGAUUCAGCGCACAGACUGUAUUCGAUCCUAUGUACAUCUCUGUGUAUAACCUAUUUUAUACGUCAUUACCUGUAAUGGCAGUCGGUAUAUUCGAUCAAGAUGUUAAUGAUAAAAACAGUUUAUUGUAUCCGAAACUCUAUGCGCCCGGAUUACAAAAUUUACUUUUCAAUAAGAAGGAAUUUUGCUGGAGUGCCAUACACGGUUUUUUUGCUAGUUGCGUUUUAUUUCUAGUUCCGUAUGGGACAUAUAAAGAUGGAGUGUCACCAAAGGGCUAUGUACUUUCUGAUCAUAUGUUGCUAGGAAGUGUCGUAGCCACCAUAUUAGUUAUAGUUGUGACCGUUCAAAUAGCCCUUGAUACAUCAUAUUGGACGAUCGUUAAUCAUAUUAUGGUUUGGGGCUCGCUCAUAUGGUAUUUUAUUUUAGACUAUUUCUAUAACUUCGUCAUAGGCGGUAGCUACGUUGGCAGUCUUACUAUGGCAAUGUCUGAAGCGACGUUUUGGUUCACGGCAGUCAUUUCGUGUAUCAUAUUGGUAAUACCUGUACUGUCGUGGAGAUUCUUCUUCAUAGAUGUUAGGCCAACUUUGUCUGAUAGGGUUAGACUUAAGCAGAGGUUGGCGCAGCUGCGUUCUCGCCAAAGUCAGGACAUACUUCGUACGCCGUCUACGAAGCGAACGCGGCGGUCGCUACGUUCCGGGUACGCUUUCGCGCAUCAGGAAGGUUUCGGCAGACUUAUUACGUCCGGGAAAAUUAUGCGGAAAUUGCCAAAUGGUGCAGAUUUUAAGUUUGCCAUGCCGUUCACGAACAAUACCAGUAAGCAAAUUAAUGUCGCUACCACGUCACCAAAGGACAAUUCAUCCAAAAAUUCGCACACACUGGAUACUAUUAAUCUGUAAUCUGGACAUUAUGUUGUAAGUCUUUCCACUAUCUAUUAAAUUUCGAACGAAUGAUUCGCUAGGCCCACGUAGCAGUCAUACAAUGGAGGUAUUGAAAUGUGUACGAACUAUUUUUUUUUCUUUUUCGGUUACUACCAAAACGGAUUUUUGUUCUAAAUAUGUUCUGGCAUCAAGUUUCGUUUCGUUUGCAACCCGUUCUCACCAUCACACACGACACGCAGAAAAAUUCCGUGUAUACGUAUCGCAGAGUAGGUGAAAAAACUAUUCGCCAGCUUAUUCGAUUCAGUCGUUUU